GGCGCGUGCGCAGCGGCUCGGCGGAGGCGGGGUCGCUGGGGCUGGCGUCGGGGAGCGUACAGAUAGCCACUCGCGAUCCCAGCUGUGCUGCUGUUAUCGCCGCCGCCGGUCUUGUCCUCGGGAGCUGCCUCCGCUCCUCCACACGCUGCCUCGGACGGACCAGCUCCGCGCUCGCCGUCACCCCGUUCCGCCGCCAUGUCGUCCCCUCAGGACUUGUCUCACCACAACAAUAACAACAACCUGCCGCCCGAGGGGACGCCCACCGAGCCAGGCCUCAACAGUUCCUGGGUAGAACUGCAGAUGAAUGGGAAUGGGAAUGACAAUGACAACAGCAAUGCAAAAAAUGGGGGUCUAGAACAUGUCCCUUCUUCAUCUUCCAUCCACAACGGAGAUAUGGAGAAGAUACUGCUUGAUGCUCAACAUGAAUCUGGACAAAACAGUUCAAGGGGUAGUUCUCAUUGUGACAGUCCUUCUCCUCAAGAAGACGGACAGAUAAUGUUUGAUGUGGAAAUGCAUACAAGUAAAGACAAUAGUUCUCAGUCUGAAGAGGAAACAGUAGAAGGCGAAAAGGAUGUGGACGUUUUGAAGAAAAGUGCUGACUGGGUAUCAGAUUGGUCAAGUAGACCAGAAAACAUUCCUCCCAAGGAGUUUCACUUCAGACAUCCUAAACGAGCAGUGUCUUUAAGUAUGAGAAAGAGUGGAGCUAUGAAAAAAGGUGGCAUUUUCUCAGCUGAAUUUCUUAAGGUUUUCAUUCCGUCUCUGUUCAUAUCUCAUGUUUUGGCUUUGGGACUAGGUAUCUACAUUGGAAAGCGACUGACCACACCUUCAGCUAGCACUUACUGAAAGAAGCAGUGCACAAAUCCUGGAAAUCUUGUGAUGAUCUGUGAAGGAAUUAAUGUCCUACUAGUACCAUUGGAACUUGAGACAAUUCUAAGCAUGAUCUUCCUCCCCCUCCCCAAUCUUCACCUUUUUAUACAUAUCCCAGUUCCACUAACUCUUGGAAUUCAGUAUUGUGUUGGAACCCUGUGGAGGUGUUUCACUAGUUGUCUUUUCCCGACCACCUUCCGUAUCCUGCAGGACACAUCAGAGUUGCCUAACCGAGUUUACAGUUGCCUAAAUGUCACAAGGGCUUCUUUCAGUGCAAAAUGCCACCAGCAAAUUAUAAUCGUUAUCAGUGAUGCCUCUGCCAUCUCUUUAUUACAAUACCAAAUAAUCUGCCUAGUGCUUAAAUGAAAUCUUCAAUAUGACAACUCCCAUUUUUAAAAGAGACUGAUAAUUAACUGCUUAUAAAACAAAAAUAAUUGGCAGGUUUAUUUUUGUUCUGCAAUUUAUUUUGCAGUUGUCUUGGGUUAAUUUUUUUUUUAAUUUCAGGAGGCAAAAAACUUCACAGACAUCAAAAAAGAAUUAGAAUUUGAUUCCUCGGCAAGUUUGAAUACCAAGUAUCCGUCAUUAGGUUGUGUUUCCAUGAAGUAGUGAAUUUAUUUCUGAUAACAUUGGCCAGCAUUUAGGUUUUAAAACUAUUUCAUUAUUUGCAUGCGAAGAAAUUUCUAGUAUUCUUCAGCAUUUUAUUUAAUGGAAGUCUUCCUUUCAGAGUAGUUUGACUUGAAGUAUCUUUGAAGUAUUUAGACUCUGUGUAAAAAGAGAUACCUGUAUAUUACUUGGGAACAGUCUUGCAGUUUUGGGUUGUUGUUUUUUUUAAACCACAAUAUUUUGAGCUGUCUUCUGUGGUUGAGUUCCACUUCUUCAAUAUUCAUGGUUUGAAUCUCUCAUUUGCAGUUGCUGAAAUCCUAAGGAUUUUGGUGUCAAAUCUUUAUUAGUCAUCAAUAGCAUAAAAGAUAAUAACUUAGAAAUCUCACUAAUGGGAAUAUUUUACAUUGUUUUGCUUCAGAUAUGCUUUUUUCCUUAAUUCAAAUUUUUAAAUUUGAUAUAGACCAAUAUUCCUAGAUAGAUUUAUUUUGAUGUUUAAGCUUUAUAGUGCCAUUUUGAAAGCUUUCCUUCAAAUUGAGCUCUCCUCUGUAUUUCAUGGAGAAGCCCCUGUAGCUGGCUUAGUCAAACAUAGGAAUAGCUUGCUAUUGUCUUCUUCCACAAAGUUUUUUGACUUUCUUAUUAUUUGAUUGUUCUUUGUGGUUCCCACACACAGAAGUACCGACCUUGCCCAUUUACUAUUCGAUGUCAGACUAGGUUAUCCAGGUGCUAUUAUGUGUGUAUAUGUAUAUGUGUUUGUGGUACCUGCUGAGAUUUUUUCUUCCUGCUCAUGCAUGUGCUCUGCAUGUUAAUCGUAGCAGGAGGUAGCACCUAGAUGGCUGGGCAUGGUCUUGGAAGGUAAGCAAAGUUGGGUCUGAUGAAUAUUUAGAGGGGAAACCACAUAGCAAUGCAAAGAUUGCAGAAUAGACUUAGGGACUCAAUAAAAACUGGAAGAAACUACUGAUAGGUUAGGUCCAUAUUUGUUGCCAAGAAAGCAACAGGGCCUGUCGAGGAUGUCCAUCAGCAAGUUAGCUUAAUUUGAAGAAGGCUUCACAUUCUACAUAUUGAGGUAAGCAUGGCUGAUUUUAAAACUGGCAGAAAUCGGUAGAUUCUGGGAUUUUAUUAGACUGACAAUAAAGCUUAUACAAAAUCUUAAGAGUUGAUAGACCUCUGAAAACUUAAUAGUGCAAGAACAAUAGCUAGUACCACUGAAAUAAGUGAAGUGUGUAAAGUGAAGAGGAUUUUAAUGAUAUCCAUUCCGAAAGUAUCUUUGUUUCAGCCUUGUUUCUUUAUAAUUUACUGGAAAUCUAAUCUUUCUCUCUCUUCCCCCUUCCAUCCAGUAAAAUUAUGCAGAUUCUUGAAAACCCAUGAGAGGUGGUUUUUUUUCCUCCCAUUCAGCUUUGAAUAGUAGCACUUGUAUUACUUGCAACUAUGUAUUUAUUUCCUGUGUGGAUAUUGAAAUAAUUUUGAGGUGAUUAAAUAGAAUAAGGAUUGUUUAAAGCAACAAUUAAAAACCAAGUGUAGAAGUCCAGAGUACUUUUCAAAACCAAUUAUUUUAUUGCAUUUUGUUAUAAUUGGACCAUGACAUAUGUAUAAAAUUUGGACCAUGUUUAUUAAAAAGCGGGCGGAGGGGGGGAAUACACUCCUGUCCAAAAUACAUUAUGAUUAAACUGCAGGAUGCUAUUUGAUAGCUAGAAGGCCUAUUUGCUUGUGAAUCAAUACGUUCAAUAUUAUUUAGGCAUCUAUGAGAUGAAAACUGAUGGAAAAACAUCAUUGGCAUUUAUGUACCUGAUCACUGUUGAGCUGGUUGCCACUGCAGUGUUCCAAAGCAGUAUUUAUUACUAACUGAUUAGAAGCUUGAAAUAUCCUAACUUUUUAUAUUACAAAAUGGACCAGUUUGUUAAAAUUUGAAAGAGAUAUCAGUUGUAACGCUUUGUUUAAGUUAAACAUUAUUAAGUAGCUUUAUACGUGUUUACAGUUUGAGGGGAAAAACAGGCCUCAUUUUUCAAGCAGUGAAUGAAAAAUGGGAUGCGACAUUUGUACAUAGGAUCAAGCAGAAAUGCAUAAGCUCGCACAGUAGAAAAAUCAGCAGGCUGAAUUGCAACACUAAACAAAGCAAACAAAUUAAACUAGUUACUACUUUUAAGAAAUGAAAACCUAAAACUAAGAAAUCACUUUUUUAAAACAACAACAACAAAAGACGUAUUGCUGAAAUUAUUGGAGUUAAAUGAGCCAAAGUGAUUAUGCAUUCUUCAUCUUUAGUUAGCACUUUGUAACAUGAUAAUAUACAGUUUACAGUACAUGUAUAAGGUGUAGCUAUAAAAUUUUGUGCCAUUAAAGCUGUCACAAAACUGAA